UUAACAAGCGACAAGGAUCAGAACAUUCAUCCACCAUUCGGCCCAAGGAGCCCCUUCUCUCUCCGUCUCUUUCUCUCUCUUUGGGAACUCUUUCUAAAUUUGCAAGAAUCUCUUAUUUUUAAUUCCGGUUCGAUUCCAUUGGCCGGGUAAAAAUUUUCACGUCAGUUUCACCAUUACAGAAUCGCUAUUUCUAACAACAUUUAUUACCCAGAUUUAUUCCAAUCUUCCAAUUAAGGCCAUUUGUUUAUGAAUAUCAUCUUAUAUAUGAUCGCUGAUUCGAUUGCUAUUCUACUCAGAUCCUUGACAAUCACGUGGUCCUCCUGAUAUCUACCACUGGAAUUUUGAAAUUUUUUUUAAUUUCUGCGAAGAUUUGAGCCGAAUUAUGAGAUGGGUCUUCGUGUUCGUGUUCGUCUAUUAAAAAGGAGUUGGGUUUAGAGGGAUUCGGGAAUUGGGGAUUUGUAAAAUUUUCCCGAGAAAAAAGAUUUGUGGGUGGGGAAAAAAUAUGAGAAGCAAAACGUGGAGAUGGGUUUUGGGUUUGACAUAUAUAGUUGCCGUGGCAGCAAUCUGGAUAGCUGCGAGUUUUGUGGUACAGUCGGUUGUUGAUGCCGGUGUAUCUCCUUUCCUCAUAACGUAUAUAUGCAAUUCACUGUUUGUGGUUUACAUUCCCUUAGUUGAAUUAGGACGCUAUUUAGAGGAUAACUAUGGAGGUUUAUGGCCUUGGGGAAGUAAAAGCAACAACACUGACCCUUCGAAAGAAUUAGUAGAGUCUGAGAAGACCAUUCUUCUUGGAAAGAGUGAUCAAAGUGCAAAUAUUGAAGCAAUUGAGGAGGGGCAAAUAAGACAGCAUGGAAGAGUUAUUAGUUCAGAUCCAAUCCAUGAGUUCGACGAGUUUGACAGUUCUUCAUCAAAUCAAAAUGCAGUCGGUGAAGAUUCUGACAAACAAGUUGAUGAAAGAGGGCGUUGGACACGCACUAGAAUGGCAAAAGUUAGCUUUUUGAUAUCUCCCUUUUGGUUUUUGGCUCAGCUCACUUUUAAUCUUUCAUUGAAGUAUACCACGGUUACGUCAAACACCAUCUUAAGCAGUGCAUCCAGCCUUUUCACAUUUUUGGUCUCUCUGGUAUUUUUGGGUGAGAAGUUCACUUGGGUGAAGCUUGUUAGCGUUCUUCUUUGCAUGGCAGGAACUAUAAUAGUAAGCUUCGGUGACUCAGAAACUGGUUUAAGUGCAACUGCUUCAAACCCACUUCUUGGAGAUGUUUUUGCACUUGUCUCAGCAGGGUUGUAUGCUGUGUAUAUUACCCUGAUUCGCAAGAAGUUACCUGAUGAUGAUGAAAAUGGUGAUAAUCCCAGUAUGGCUCAGUUCCUGGGAUUUCUAGGCCUAUCCAACCUGAUUAUUUUCCUUCCAGUGGCCAUUAUACUUAAUUUCACCAAGCUAGAGCCCUUUUAUGUCCUUACUUGGAAGGAAUUUGGUCUAGUUAUUGGUAAAGGUUUGUUAGACAACGUGCUGAGCGAUUAUUUAUGGGCCAAGGCUGUUCUCCUGACAACCACAACAGUAGCAACGGCGGGUCUCACAAUUCAGGUCCCAAUGGCAGCGGUUGUUGAUUCUCUGACCGGCAAUGCCCCUCAUCUUAUGGAUUACCUUGGAGCUGUGGCUGUAAUGAUCGGAUUUGCUGGUAUAAACAUUCCUUCUGAUGCCUGUAGCAGAUCAAAAGAAGCUACACUCGAACUAGAGAGUGAAAAUAUGGGUACGGCUGAUCAAGAUCCCAUUUCAUCUAGCAGUCGUGAUGCAGCAGCUGUUAUUUCAUAGUAUAUGGUAAUUUGCUGGUUACAGUAUCAGAAUAAUACUUUAAAAUACUUUUAAGGGUAAUCAUUCAUACGUAAAUGUAACAUAUUCUUCCAUUAAAUAGAUUGUUACAAUGUAUUUUUAGAAAUUUUUUGGACACUGAUUUUAAACAAGAAGGAAAGAAAUUUAAUUUCACGAA